AUGCUCGGCGGCGCCAAGACCGUCCUCCACCGCCUGCCCAAGUCGGUACUCCCAACCUUUUUGCCGCGCAACUUGAUGUCGAUUGAAUCUCGCCUCACCUCAGCUUCAACGCUGCAAACUUUACAGCAAACCCAAGCCAUGGCCGAUACAGCAGAACCAGUGCCCACGCCCGACGCGCUGGUCGUAGCCGAGGCCGAUCCCACGAAUGCGCCAAACGAAGAGCAGCAGCUCGAAUCGACGAAGAAAGUCAAGAAGAUCAUCCGAAGAAAGAAGCGCCCUGCGCGCGUCCAAGCAGAUCCCUCAGUUGCGAAGGCGGAUCCCUCAACACAAUCUGGACUGCAGUGGAACAUCUGGUACUCAAAACAUGAGGGUGGGCAGCGAGGGGACGAGCAGCACAGCUUGAACAAGCCGGCUCCCGGCCGAUGCUCGAUUGCCAGAGAUGCUGGAUACACCCGUGCCGAUCGGACACCUGGAGCUUUCUUUUGCGUUCACUUCGCUCGAGGCGUGUGCCACAAGGGUGCCGAUUGCGAAUACUUGCACCGCCUGCCUGGAAUCCACGAUUUAUAUCAACCGAAUACCGACUGUUUUGGCAGGGAAAAAUUCUCGGACUAUCGUGAUGAUAUGGGCGGUGUUGGAAGUUUCCAACGACAGAAUCGCGUUCUUUACGUCGGAAGGAUCCAUGUUACAGAUGAUAUUGAGGAGGUCGUGUCUAGGCACUUUAGUGAAUGGGGCCAAAUUGAACGAUCCCGUGUUUUGACAGGCAGAGGGAUAGGCUUCGUAACAUAUUCCAAUGAGGCAAAUGCGCAAUUUGCAAAGGAAGCCAUGCACCAACAGGCUCUUGAUCAUGAGGAAAUCCUGAAUGUCCGCUGGGCAACAGUCGACCCCAACCCAAUGGCACAAAAGCGCGAGGCCCGCCGAUUAGAAGAACAAGCCGCCGAGGCCAUUCGACGCGCACUCCCCGAGGCAUUCGUCGCAGAAAUCGAGGGCCGGGACCCCGAGGCCCGAAAGCGGAAGAAGAUCGAGGGUAGCUUUGGAUUGAACGGAUACGAUGUCCCCGAUGAUGUCUGGCACGCGCGGACCCGGCAGCUCGAGGCAUCAGCACCGGCGGCCCAACUCGAAGCCCCCGAGCAAGCCCAAAUGAUUGAAGCCGCACCACCCGCGGCUGAGCCGGAGAACGGAAUUUUCUCCAGCUCGACUGUGGCAGCUUUGCGCGGUCUAGCGGGUGGCAAUGUGACGACCCAGGCUGCGCCGAAGAGCUCUGGCCCCUUGGUUGGCUACGGGUCUGAUGAUGAUAGUGACUAG